GAGAAUCGAAAGGCGAUUGGGAAACGCUGAAGAUAGAGAGAGAAAGUUGCGUUUAGAGAGCGAGAGAGAGUGAGUGAGCAGUGAAUCAAGUUUUGUUCUCUGAAACAAGAAGCUCUCUCUCCCAUGGAGUCAACAUUGUCUGCAACCACAACAACAAUGUCUCUGUUGGCCAUAACCAAAACCCUAAAUCCCAAUUCCAGCACCUUCGUGUCUCAGCUGCACCGCCGUUUCUCCACGAAUCGGUCGAGUAACUGUCUUCGGACUCAACUCGAAACUCUCCAGUUCAGACGCCUGCUACGCAACAGCAACUCGCUGUUUCAGUGUCACGGAUCGAACAAGUUCGGUUCGAUCUCUUCGAGCACAUUGAGGAGUUUGGGUGGGGUGGAUUUGAGGCCGAUGAAAAGCCGGUUGGAGUGUGUUUCGAGCUCUGCUGCUUCGUUUGCCAGUGGCGGCGGAGGGAUUGAUGGGAGUGGUAGUGAUGGUAAUGGAGGUGGUGGUGGUGGUGGUGGUGCGGCAGAAAGUGGAGAGGUGAAGGUGAAUUUGGGUGUGAGAGGGGCUGAGGAUGUUUCCGCUUUGUCUUCUGAUGUGAUAAUUCUUGAUGUUGGAGGGAUGACAUGUGGGGGGUGUGCCGCGAGUGUGAAGAGGAUUUUAGAAAGUCAACCACAUGUGUCUUCUGCUAGUGUCAAUCUUACAACAGAGACAGCAAUUGUAUGGCCUGUAUCUGAAGUGAAGGUUGCACCAAACUGGCAAAAAGAGUUGGGGGAGGAACUUGCGAAGCAUUUGACUACUUGUGGGUUUAAGUCUAACCUUCGAGGUCAGGAAGCUAUUGAAGGAGAUAUUCUGUCAUAGAAUGCAAAGGAUUUCUUGUAGGAGCAACCAUACUCCUUUAUGGUGAGUCUGGCAGCUACUAGUGGUGGAUUUGGUGGAAGGAGGCAUAUCUAUGACCGGAAAGCCCAAGCGUUUUGGAUAACCUACUGUUGUGCGACCUGAGUUGUUAAAGGAAAUUGUUCAGUAACAUCAGUUGAUUGAGGACUUCCAUCCUUUAAAACGAUUAAUGUAUCAAUUUUCAUGUCCCAUGACAAUGGGCAGUUACAAUGGCUGUACGGGUUGAACAACUGUCUAAUUGAAUUUUUCCUUCUCCUUUUUUCAAAUUUUCUCAUAUCUGAAGGAACAUUCAGUAUGUACUUCUGUCUGAGGUUUUGUAUUCCCCAUUGUCCUACAAAGGUCUCGUUGUCUGGAAUAAUUAGUUGACCGAGAAACUAUGCAAAAUAUAAUAUAAACUUCUACGUUUACAAAAUUGUUAUUUACCUGUAUUUAUGCCUUUGAAAUUCUUCGAAAUCUCCUGUUCUCACUGAUUUGCUCUAUUCUUCUGUUCAAUUCACUACACUCUUUUGUCAGUCCUU